AUGAAUGGUCAAUACAUAGAAGAAGACACUCCCGAGGUGUGCAAAAAUCAUUCUGUAAGGUGUGACAGAGAGGUGUAUCGCGUUUGCCCUUCCAAAUUAAGCAAGAAGGAACUGGAAGAUCUGUAUUUCACUCUUCUUGAAAACAAUUUAGAAUUAAAGAAGACCAACAAUAGCCAACAGGAUAAGAUAAGAAUUUUAUCGACUAAAAUGCAAAGAAUGACAGCGACACAGAAAAAUACAGUUGGCAAAGAGCCUAAGGAUUGCUGUGCUCAUACCAAAGCUAUGGUGAAUGAGCAAAAGGGAUCCAUAGCGGAAUUGAAGAGAGCUAAUGAUCGUAUGUCUGAACGGAUUCGUGUGCUCAAUAUGCGUCUGUGCUCAGCGAAGCAGUUUCUGCGACGUAGCCCCGCAGCAUCUACUUCACGAUGCACCAAAUGCUCUGCCCCAAAUGUAAAAAACUCAUGCUUGAGUGUGAUAAACUCGAAGAGAAGCGACGUCAACUUAAGAACAUCAAUGUCAAGUCAAUGUCUUGAAAAAGAUUUUAACAUGUCUGCAAAAUCUGUUGCAGUUGCAACAGAAGAGAAUGGAAAACAUUCGGAAACCAUGCGAUGAAAACAAAUGCCGAACUCUUAUGGAAGAGUUGAAGCAAAACAUCGUCGAUUUGCAAGAGGAACUUUCUAGAACUCACGCAGACUAUAGUACCCGUAUAGGGCGUUUAGAGCAAGAGUUGUGCGACAUGCAGACUGACAACCAUCGCAUACGAAGCGAAUACGCCGCGGCACAACAUUGCAUGCAACUGGAGGAACAACGUGCGAUACAACUGAGGCAACUGCUGAUUGAAGCACAGGGGGCACAAGGCGAGCUGGAAACCCAGUUAACUAUAGAAAAGCAGAAGGUAUCAGAACUAGAGGCGACUGCGCGCGCUAACGACAUGUCACGACUUGUCGCCGCCACUAUAGAGAGACACGGCAGCAGCACAGCCAAUCUCAUCAAGAAUGACGAGGCAAAUACCAAGUUGGAAGCGGUCAGCUCGCCUUAUUUCACUCCGAGAUUUGAAAGUUCGCCUUCUCGGCUGGAAGUACCAUCGAGGUGUCGCGCCCAAGAUGAGUCUAUGGACAAAAGUGAGCAGAAGGUUUCCGACGAUUCCGGCUUUACAGACGCCAACAACUCCCAACGGCGAAGCAAACACGAGGAGUUAAACCAGCUGAAUAAAGAACUAACGGAAAGAAUAAAUGUACUACAAAAACAGAUGGUAGAGUUGCAAGACGCCACUACCUUGAAACUUGCCGAGACUUCAAAACAAGAAAAUCAUAAUGAAGAAACAGUGGAAGAUAAAGCAAACCUUACUGAUGUUCUGCGGAGCAUCGCAUCAAACACUUACAGUGUUAGCAAAGUGCCUAGUAAGAACACGCUGGACGGUUAUCCCCAUCACCAAGAGAUAGCUAACGAUGAGAAGAAACACUUCACUCAGACUAAAACAAUGCAAGAUGUCGAUUCAAAUUUAGAAGAUGAAUCGCCUCGUAAAAAUCUUAGUCUAAAGAGCGACACUCACAAUAGCCUCCAAAUACCCGGUCCCUUACCCGUAGAUAUAGUUAAAAAAGUGGCACCGAUGAGACGUGAAGAAAAAACUUUGUCAACUAAAACUAAGCAAUUGUUUGGAGGUCAGAGAAGGAAAAGUAUUACUAGUGAACUAAGCCAAAAGAGAAAAAAGGAUGAUAAUGCUCAUAAAACUACUUGUAUUAAAGAAAAUCUAGAUGACGAUUCUAAAAGCGAUACGCAUAGUACAGAGAUUCGUUCACCAGCGUUGAUCGGUUUUGAAGAAGUGGGUGUUAAAAACAAACCUGUUAUUGACGAUAAAUUGAAAAUUUCCACGGAAAUGGGAGUUCAAACGACCAAUCGCUUGGAUGAUGUGAAGGAAGAGAGAAAUAUAAAUAAAGAGAUGUGUAAUGUGGCCGUGGAAACGGAUAAUAUACAAAGGAACAAAGGUCAAGAAUUUGGUUUAGGUACUCAAACAGACGCCAUGGUGGGUCGUGAGGAUCGUUCAGUUGGCCCAAGCAAUGGUCCUUCUGCUUUCGCCCCGGCUAAUGCUUCUGCCUGUCUGCCAUUGCAAAAAUCGCGCGGUACAUCGCCCGACAAUACUGAUGCUGAAAUAUCGUCCCUUACUGAUCUUCCCUCGGAGAAAGAAGGUAAAUCGCCGCGAACGCCACUUUCCCCGGGUGAAGACAAAGCAACGACCACGUACACGGACUCGUGUACAGAACCCGCCAACGACUAUACAUCGCUCAGUGAGGGAGAAUUGCCCUGUCCGAUUCAAAAUAAGAAAAUAUCAGUUGGGGAAACCAAAGUUAACUUCGCUAAAAUUGAUCCUGUAUCGCAACGUAUGGAGGAAGCUCUGAACGCCGUUGGCAUGGAGUUGUCUCGAUGUCGCGAGAUGUUGCGAUCCCAACGCUCACAACAGCGGCGAGAAAACUCUCGAGACGCCUCCAUGAUGACGGAUUUGAAUCUGGGCGCGCCGUUGCGACGCAAGCCCGCCACGCCGUGCAUUGGCGACGCGUUCGCGCCCAACUGCGUGUUCACAUUGCAUAUUGGCACUGUCGUACUAUCCGACGAGGCGGUGAUAAACUCUCGCGACCUAUCUCUGGUGCUGACUUGGCGAUUCUUCGACCACGACGCGUCGAUGGUGCGAAUGAAGGCCGGACGAGUCAUACUCUUUGACGUCUCCACCGAAUACGACGUCAAGGUCAACAAGGAGUUCCUCGACUAUUUGAAAUACGAAGAGUUGCGGAUUUACAUUUGCGAACUGGACAAGCAGUCAGAUCCGUUCGCAAGUUGCUCGCUGCCCCUGCGUGACGCCUUGCUACAUACCAAUCGGCGCGCCGACAUGUCACUUGCCUUGAUGGCGGGUCCUAAGUUAAAACAGGCACGUGCAGGUCGAGACUCGCUAGAUUCCAGUGAUGAAGUGGGCGUGCUGGACUUGUGGUGCGAACUUCGACUCCAUCCAGCGCUUCUGCCCUCACUCAAUAACGCUAUAGAAAAAACCAGUACUCCGUCGCCUUCCACGACAAAAGCCAACGAAAUCCUGGGCAACAAUAGCGCUAGCCGCCUGCUCGACGUAAACAACUCUAGGGACUGCUGGCUGGCCCAAGGCAUUGCUAGUAAUGCAUCUCCUUACAGUUUGGAGAAAUUCUGUUGGCCUGACAACCGUAGCAAUGCUUCUCAAACCACUCGUGGAAGUAUCAAGAAAGACCUUUCAUAUCUACAGAAUAAGCAUCUUAGAGAACAGAGUCGAUUGAGCUUGGAUAGCAAAGACACGAAAUUCUGUUGGCCUGACAACCGUAGCAUUGCUUCUCAAACUACUCGUGGAAGUAUCAAGAAAGACCUUUCACAUCUACAGAAUAAGGAUCCAAGAGAACAAAGUCGAUUGAGCUUGGAAAGCAAAGAGACGGAAUUAAAGCAGCCUAGUCAACAAACUCAGAGCACUAUUCAUACAGUUAUUAUGAAUGAAGUGCCAGCGAAAAUAAAAACCUCUGUGGACAUGAUGCAAGCUUUGGACAGUAAUAUCAAUCAGAAUGAUAUACCGACAUCAUCCAAACAACGCCGGAAUACUGUGAAUGACUCUCCGCAGACACACUUCGCCACUGCGUCUUGGAGAGGGCUAGUGGCAAGGCGGCUUAUACCGAAGCGAGCAAGAAAUAAUUCAAUCACGGCGGCUUCGAAAAGGAGUCUAUUAGAAAAGCGUGAUGACAACUAUGGCCCCAAUCCUAAUAUUGAUACUCUUGCGACAAACACAUUGCAGUUUUCCACACGCUCGCCACGACCGUCCAAUGAUGUCGAAGAACCACCGGAACUUACCAAGACUUUCGCAGGAAGUUACCGCAUGUUGAACUCUUCAAAGAAGUCAGUAACCAUUGCUAUGGACAUUAACGAAAACAAUAAACAGCAGCAAAUGCGUCUCAGCGACGAAUCUACUCACAAAGAGAGCAUACAAGUGACCGUAUUGUGGUUGGCUCUCAACGAAGAGUGUGACACCAUGAUCAACCCCAACGUCCAACGGUUGUACGUCGCGUACGAGUUCUUGGGAAUGGGCGGUUCCGAACUGGAGACGCCGCAAAGUCUUCCCAAGCCGAAAGGCUACGCGGAUAAAUGCAGCUUCAACUUCAGCAAAACGUUCCAGCUGAACGACUGUGACUUGCCCGUCAUCGGUCACAUGGCGACGUGUCGUUCUUCCGACAAGUCUUCACGCGACACCAAGGACUGUAUCAUAUUCACAGUCAUCAGUGAACCGAUAGAAGACCCCUUAGGCAUCGAAACCUGUCGGGAUAUCGGCCACGCGUACUUGUACCUGGGUGAUUUGCUGGCAUGCAGCGGUGGCAACAACAGCUACACCGAGGUGUUGCCGGUGCGGUCGGUGCGUGUCGAUGAGGCUGUGAGCGGCGUUCUGGCCGUCAAGCUCGAUGGGUUGGAUGUGGUGAGGCGAUGCCUGCUGCUCACUAUGGCGGAACCGAUCCACAAGAUUGCAAGAAACAUUAAUUUGACAUAA